CGGCCCCGCUCGGCCGUGGCCCGUGGUCGGUCGCCCCCGAUGGCGUGGCUCGUGGCGCUGCUGCGGCUGGUCCUGGGGGUCCUGGCGACCCCCUUGCACCUGCUGCAGCUCCUGGGCCUGUGGGCCCCGCUGUGCAAGCGCUACUUCCCGCACUUCUUGCGGCGCUUCACGGCGCUGUACAACGAGCAGAUGGCCGGGCCCAAACGGGAGCUGUUCGGCGGCCUGGAGGCCCGGGCCCGGACCCCCGGCCGCCUGGCCCUGCUGGAGCUGGGCUGCGGCACCGGCGCCAACUUCGCCUUCUACCCGGCCGGCUGCGGGGUCACCUGCGUCGACCCCAACCCCCACUUCGAGCGGUUCGUGGCGCGGAGCCUGGCCGAGCACCGGCAGGUGCGCGUCGAGCGGUUCGUCGUUUCGGCCGGGGAGCGCAUGGCCCAGGUGGACGACGCCUCGAUGGACGUCGUGGUCUGCACGCUGGUCCUCUGCUCGGUGCGCAGCCAGGAGGACAUCCUCCGCGAGGUCUUCCGCGUCCUCCGGCCGGGGGGUGCCUUCUACUUCCUGGAGCACGUGGCCGCGGAACCCAACACCUGGACGGCCUUCUGGCAGCAAGUCCUGGCCCCCACCUGGCAGCUGAUCUUCGACGGCUGCGACCUCACGCGGGAGACCUGGAAGCCCCUGGAGCGAGCCGGCUUCUCCAGGCUGCAGCUGCAACGGAUGCAGGCCCCGCUGAGCUGGAAGAUCGUCCGUCCACACAUCAUGGGCUUCGCCGUGAAAUAGCCCCGUGAAGUAGCCCCCCGGCGCUUUCCAAGAGGCCCGGAAGACCAGGCGACGGGGGGCUGGGAGGGGAGAUGCUUUGGUUCCAUCCAGGCUGAAAUGCUUCACAUAUGUCGAUAGGCCGCUUUGGGACUGUGUGCACAGUUCCCGACGAUAAUUAGGGUUUUUAGUGCUUACCGGAGCGCUGAGGUAGAUAUGAGGGAGGCGACACUUGGGUCGAUCUGGCUAGAAACGCUUCCGAUAUAGCAAUAAGCUGUGUGCACGCUUCCUGGUUGAGUAAUGAAUAAUUAGGGCUUUUAGUGAUUAGUCGGGGUGCUGAGCUCUGUGCUAAAUGCUAGGUAGACAUUAGAUUUUUCGCCCAGUUCUCGAUUACCCCACACUCGAUGAAGAGGCCGGGGGUGGGUCGGACAACUGAAGUCCUCCAGUGGUAAAGGAAAGAAAAGUUAAUUUUUAGCCAGUCAUUUCAAACCUCCCCAGCCGGUGACCUUCGCUUGAGACUCUCCUCUCCCAGGCCCCCGGGGUGGGGGAGGUGUGAAAGAGCCCACGUAGGGCCAAGGGAGAGAGGAAGUGAAGCAACCGAUCUGGAUAAUCCACAGAUUUGGGAGCCAAGGCUUGGAAAAACUGAAAUUGUGCCUGUUCCUGAGUCAGAUGGAUCAAUGGCAUUUAUCGAGCGCUUACUGCGUGCAGGGCACUGUACUAAAGGCUUGGGAGAGGACAAUAUAACAGAGUUGGUCGACAGGGAUCGUGUCUACCAAGAGGUUCUGAAAAUCAGGUGACUUUCAGUAUGGGUGUGGCGGGGAGGGUGGAUAUGUUUUUUCGUUGAUUCAGUAUUCACAGGGCAUGAACUGGGUGAAGUUAAGCACUGGGAGGAGUACGAUGGAGGUAAAAGAAGAAAUUUCUGCCUGUGGGGAUUUUACACAUCUGCUGUUUUCUUGGGAUACUCAGGCAAGUUGUUUCACCUGGCUGGACUUCAGCACUUCCCCCGCCUCCUUCCUCCCCCGCUCCACAAACAUUGAAAUGAACGGGACAAUCCAUAUCCCCAGACAGAACAGCAAGAAGCGAAAGAAAAGGGCGUUCUGCUUCCAGUCUCUUCGAGUGCCAAAGCUGGCAAAGGUCCAGAUAAAUUUCACUGUUCAUCUUAAUAACCCCUUUAAAUCCCUGACGCACAUCUUCAAAGCACAAUUGCUAAAUCACGAGAACAGAGUCAGCCCAAGAAUAAUCAUCUCGAUUAAGUUCGGUUUGUUUUGUUCUUGCCCCGACCAUCUGAAACCCUAUCGCUCCCUACUUGACGAAGCACAUCGAGCUGCGUAGCUUUCAGGGUGGUGUGGAGUCGCACUAUCGGAUGAUCAAGAUUAACCACUCGUCCUGUUGACCGACCUCAGGUUAAGGGUGAAAAACAACAAGGACAAGGGUCAGGGGCUCGGGGUGGGUUUCGGGUCAGGGAUCGAGCAGAGGACUCUGCGACUCAGGUUGGCCUGGAGAAGCGUGGGGCGGCAAUCGAUCAAUCUUCGGUAUUUAUUGGGCGCUUACUGGGUGCGGAGCACUGUACUAAGCACUCGGGAGAGGACGAUAUCACCCCGCUGCCCCUUGCUGCCUGGACUGGUGGAAAGAGGCUAGGCCUGGGAGUCACAGGACCUGGGUUCUCACCCCGGCUCCACUACUUGCCUGCCGCAUGACUUUGGGCAAGCUACCUGACUUAUCUGGGAUCGGCGUCCUCCUCUGUAAAAUGGGGGUGAAAUCCUUAUUCUCCCUCCCCAUAAGACUGUGAGCCCCAAGAAGGACAAGGGUUGGGUCCCACCUGCUCGUCUGGUAGCUGCCCCAGUGAACGCUUAACAAAUGCCAUGCCAUAAUUAUUUUUAGAACUUGUAUGUGUUUUCAGAGUCUUCAUGUGGUUGUGGGGAGGGAGACAAUUCUAAAAAAUAAACGAAUAAAGAUCCCGGCCAAUUUUAGGAAGGAAAAAAUAAAA